UUGAGUAGCGACUCCGCUAUAGUAUAAAUAGCUGUCGAAUAAAAUUUUAACAUCAUUCAGGUAGAUUUUUAAGCUGGAAACAUGUUCGAUUUUCUCCAAAACUUGGAAGACUCAAAAAGACCUUUACUCGGUCCUAACUUUUGGCUCAUAAAUAAAACUGGUCUUCUCUUACCUAAAACUAAUUUUGGAAAGUUGGCUUACAUUUUGGUUCACGAGAUCGUAACCUUUUUUGUGGUAACGCAAUAUGUUGAGUUGUACGUGAUUAGAUCGGAUUUAGAUUUGGUUUUGACAAACUUGAAGAUAUCGAUGCUGAGCAUCGUUUGUAUAGUGAAGGUGAACACGUUUGUAUUCUGGCAAACGAGCUGGCGGGAAGUCCUGGAAUACGUAAACGAAGCCGACAAAUUCGAACGAAACCAGACAGACGAAACGACGGGAAAGAUAAUUGAAACUUACACCAAGUACUGCCGACGACUCACCUACUUCUAUUGGGGUUUGGUAUUCACUACUUUUCUAACCACAACUAAUACUCCUCUAAUGAGAUAUUGGUCGUCACCCAUUUUUCGAGAAAAUCUACGUAAUGGUACUGAAGAUUUUCCUCAUAUAUUCAGUUCUUGGAUGCCUUUUGACAAGAAUCAUUCACCUGGUAGCUACUGUACGAUUGUCUGGCAUGUUCUUCUGUGUGCAUACGGAGCUGCGAUCAUGGCGGCAUAUGAUACAUGCAUCGUAGUAAUCAUGGUGUUCUUUGGGGAAAAAUUGAAUCUGUUACGAGAACGCUGUAAGAAAAUGCUCGCUAAUGAUUUGUAUAAUCAUGCAUUCGUCAUUGGUCAACUCCACGAUAUUCACGUUCAGCUUAUAAAACAGUCAAGGCUUUUCAAUUCACUGCUCUCACCGGUAAUGUUCUUGUACAUAUUAAUGUGUUCUUUGAUGCUCUGUGCCAGUGCGUAUCAACUUACAUCAGCAACGAGUACAGCUCAGAAGUUAUUGAUGGCAGAAUAUUUGAUAUUCGGCAUCGCUCAACUGUUCGUAUUCUGCUGGCACAGUAAUGACGUUUUAUUCAAGAAUGCGAAUGUGUCUCUCGGCCCGUACGAAAGCAACUGGUGGUCGAGCAGCCCGCGCGUCAGAGCGGACGUGCUGCUCUUGUGCGGACAACUUCGCGUCAGACAUGUCUUCACGGCGGGACCUUUCGCGGACCUGACACUUUCAACUUUCAUCAAGAUCCUGAAGGGAGCCUACAGCUAUUACACUUUAUUGUGCGUACCAGUCGCUGUGGGUGUUGCUAUGGAUAGUCAGAGUCCACCGGAAAGGACAUCGCCGGUACAGUAUGUCAGGAACUCGAGGGCUUUUAGACAGUUCAAAAACCCUCCUCAACCUCACAUGUGUAUACAAGACUCGGUAAAAGAUUCUGCUGAAAAACUGUAUAUCAACGUGCUGGGAUGGCAGAAGAUCGCCAAUCCAAAGCAAUAUUCGGAUCCUAUACCACUGUAUGGGGGUAUGCAGGUGCCACAAAACUUUGCCAUGAACAACAACAAGCCCCCGUUGCUUGUUUUUGCUGUAAUGGUGAACCCUGAUAUUUUGAAGGCAAAUGGAAAGAAUGCAGCAAGUCCAAGUGACAGAGAAGCACUAGUUAGUCUUCUUUGCGAUUUCGUAGAAGCAAUGAAUCCCGGGCUUCUCUUAGCUCGCAACCCAAUUAUAUUAAAGGAUCGAGACCUUGCUGGAGAACUGAAAGAUGUGUGGAUUGCCGUACAAAACAAAAGGGAGAGAGAGAAAGGGGUGAAUCAGGAUGUUAUGUACAAAGUAUAUGAUAUUGACGGAAUUGGCGUUGAAGAUAUUGACGAUGACAAACUACGAAAUCACCUUCAAGACAAUGGCUCGCCCAGCAAAGGAAUGAACGACAAGAAAAAUCCAGUGAAAUCUUCUAAACAGAUUCUCUUAAAUGCCGGUCAAAAAUCUGAAUUUGACUCUGGCAUGAACAACUAUCAACUUAACCAAAAUGUUAGGGAUAAUCGAAGUGGAAGCAGUGCAGAUACUACAUACUGCACUCCGGUCUGUGGUCAAAUAGUUUCCAGUAGGGAAAACCACAACCAAAUCAAUGAGAUACAACAAAAGUUUUCCACAAAUGAAAUCAAACCCUCCAGCUCAUUUCGAAAAGACUGGAAUCCUGUACACGGCAAAACAACAGAAGGUUGGGAUGAGUUUUCUAAACGCAAUGUAUCUUUAAAAGAAGACAAAAAGAAAAGUAAAACAGAAAAGAAAAACAGUAAACCUCAUUAUAAUUUCUUUCCAUUCUUUGACAAUAAAUCAAGUGAAUCAGCUGUCGCGGAUGGCCUGGACCCUGGUAGACAGUUAAAUGAAGACAGUAGUAAAGUUAUUUUAGACCCAAUGCAGAAAUUAGUUCUGCAUUCGACUGAUAAUCGAAUAUGUGAUAAUACGGCAAACGCCCUCAGUUCUAUUAGCUCAUAAAUGUAACUUUGUACAAAUUGACAUCGGUAAGUUGUUUGAAUGUUAUUGAUAUCAUAUGAGGUAUUGUGGUGCGAGGUAAAAUUUUUAUUUCAAAAUGUUUUACACAUUCAUUACUUAAAUCAAAUGUAUACACUUUUAACCAUACUUUGGAAAUUUUGGACUUCUAAUUAAUAAUCAUGGUUGUCACACUCAGUGACCUCUAGACAACGGUUGAAGUUAGCUAUAUAGAAUAUAACAGGUUCAUGGUUAAGAUAAGUCAGAGUUGUCGUGGUGGCAGUGGUGGGUGACGAUGACCACCGGCUCGUCACCGAGACCGCCAACCGAUUUCUGCCAAGAGACUUCUCAUUCGUAAUUAGAUUAUUGAGUAUUUUCGAUUUAGAUUCUAUGCGAGAUCAAAUAAUACGUUAUGGGUCCAUAGUCCAUAUGUCGCGCCACUUUCAUCAGACACGGUCUACUAAUUUGAUUUUUGUGAUUUAAACUAGUCGUUUUAUUAAUUACCGUUGACACGAACAACAUUUGCUCUUAAACCAGAGUUUUUAGAUAAAUUUAUUAUGAAAUAUAUGUAGCUCUCAGCUAAAUUAUACCUAAGGGCCUGGGCACACUACUUUUUUUAAACGCGCCGUCGACGCGCGUUCGUAGCGAUACAGACGCGAUACGCACGCAAGUCAGACGCAGCCUGUAGACCUUUGCACACCUGUAUAAAUUCAAAUACGCGUUUGAAUCGAUACAGACGCGAUGCUAACGCGCGUUUGUAUCGAUACACAUGCGCGUUAGCAUCGCGUUUGAAUCAAUACAGACGACAACAAACCGCUCUGUAGGAUA